AUGGAGUAUAGAAAAUUUUCCAGGUUCAGUUUACUUUUCUUGAUCAUAGUUUUUGACGCCGUAUGUGCAGAAAAUGGUGUGCAAAUUUUGAACGAUCGAGCUUCCCUUUUAUCGUUCAUGUCUCAAAUCACUGAUGACCCUAAAAAUGCUUUAAAGAAUUGGAACUCUUCUGAUGUAUGCAAAUGGUCAGGUGUAACUUGUGACAAGAAUGGGAAUAGAGUUGUAAAGCUUGCUUUAAGUCAAAAAUCGUUACGUGGAAAAAUCGCACCAUCUCUAUCCAAGCUUUCUUACUUGUUGAUUCUUGAUCUGUCUGAGAACUUCUUUGAAGGUCGCAUCCCUGCUGAAUUUGGCUCUCUUUCCCGACUUGAAGAGAUCAGCUUAUCAUCCAAUCGUCUUGAAGGAUACAUUCCAACUGAAUUGGGAUUUCUUCAUCAGUUAACGUAUCUAAAUUUGGGAAGUAACAAGCUAACAGGUGACAUACAUAUAUCACUUUUUUGUAAUGUCUCUUCUUCUCUCAAGUAUUUAGACCUUUCCAACAAUUCACUUACUGGUGAAAUCCAGUUGAAGAAUCACUGUGAGUUUAAAGAGCUGAAAUAUCUCCUCCUUUGGUCGAACCAUCUUGUGGGCACAGUUCCUCAAGCCCUUUCAAACUCUUCAAAAUUGGAAUGGCUCGACUUGGAGUCGAACUCACUAACCGGGGAGUUACCAUCCAAGAUUCUGAGUAAAAUGGUAAACUUAAAAGUUCUGCAGUUGUCCUACAACCAAUUCUCGAGUCAUAAUGGAAAUCAUCUUGGGGGAGAGUUGCCUUCUAUUAUUGGUACUCUCUCUACUGAACUUGCACAGAUAAAUCUUGAUGAUAACCAUAUUUGUGGGCCUAUUCCUCCACAAAUUUCAAAUCUUGUCAAUCUCACUCUACUGAACUUGUCUAGUAAUCUCCUCAAUGGUUCGAUCCCUCCUGAACUUUGUCAACUGGAGACACUGGAGAGACUGUAUCUAUCGAAUAACUCACUCUCCGGCCAUAUUCCAUCAGCUUUUGGAAAUGUUCCCCAUUUAGGCCUUCUUGAUUUGUCGAGAAACAAACUCUCGGGUACAAUCCCUCACAGCUUUGCUAACCUUUCUCAGCUAAGAAAGCUCUUUCUUUAUGACAAUCAGCUCUCAGGUACAAUCCCACCAAGCCUAGGAAAAUGCAUUAACUUGGAAAUUCUUGACCUUUCUUAUAAUAGGAUUUCGGGGACAAUUCCAAGUGAAGUUGCAGGUUUGAGUAGAUUGAAACUAUACUUAAACUUAUCCAACAAUCACCUACAUGGCCAUCUUCCACUGGAGCUGAGUAAAAUGGACAUGGUUCUAGCCAUUGACCUAUCAUCAAACAACCUCUCGAGCACGAUCCCCUCCCAACUUGGAAGCUGUAUUGCUCUAGAGCACCUCAACCUUUCGCGAAAUAUUUUUGAAGGGACAAUUCCUGCGUCCAUAGGAAACUUGCUGUAUCUUAAAGAACUUGAUGUGUCCUUCAAUCAAUUAACAGGAGAGAUACCGGAAUCUCUGCAGGCUUCGUCUACUUUGAAGCUACUGAAUUUUUCUUACAACAGCUUCUCGGGAAACCUAACAAACAAAGGUGCAUUUUCGUCACUAACCAUCGAAUCUUUCUUCGGGAAUAAAAUGCUUUGUGGUUCCAUAGAAGGCAUGAGAAAAUGCCACGGAAAACAAACUCGCCAUUUAUUAGUGGCGAUUCUCCUUUCACUAGUCAUCACUCCUAUUUUCUGCAUCGCUGGAUAUCCCCUAGUACAUGGAUCAAAUUUCAGGGGGCAAUCACUGGUUUUUAAUCUGAAAGGCAUUGAAGAUGAAGAAGAAGCAACAGGAAAAGAGAGAAAAUACCCAAAAAUUUCUCAUCGACAACUCAUUGAAGCCACAGGAGGAUUUAGUCCCUCAACGCUAAUUGGGUCUGGUAGAUUUGGUCACGUUUAUAAAGGAGUUCUUCAAGAUAACACAAUGAUAGCUGUGAAAGUUCUGAACUCUAAGGCAGAUGGUGAUAUUUCCAGGAGCUUUAAAAGGGAAUGCCAAAUUUUGAAAAGAACCAGGCACAGAAAUUUGAUCAGGAUCAUAACAAUAUGCAACAGGCUAGAUUUUAAGGCCAUUGUCCUUCCACUGAUGCCAAAUGGAAGCCUCGAAAAUCACCUGUAUCCAAGCCAUGGACUGAAGAGCAGAUUGGACUUGGUUCGGCUUGUAAGCAUUUGCAGUGAUGUGGCUGAAGGGAUGGCCUAUCUGCAUCACUAUUCACCAAUGAAAGUGGUGCAUUGUGAUCUUAAGCCGAGCAAUAUUCUCCUUGAUGACGAUAUGACAGCUUUGGUCACUGAUUUUGGCAUCUCAAGACUAGUAAAAGUUGCUGAUGAGAAUGUUUCCAUCAAUGAUUCAGCAACUUAUUCCUUCGGCUCUACAGAUGGUUUGCUUUGUGGUUCAGUUGGUUAUAUUGCUCCCGAAUAUGGAAUGGGAAAGCGGGCAUCACCUCAAGGAGAUGUUUAUAGCUUUGGGGUUCUUCUGUUAGAGAUUGUGGCAGGGAGACGCCCAACGGAUAUCCUUAUAAAAGAAGGUUCAAGUUUGCACGAAUGGGUUAAAAGUCACUAUCCGAACAGGCUUGAGUCAAUUGUUGAAGGAGCAAUAGAAAGGUGUGCAACAUGUGCGACCAUUCAACGUGACAACAGCAAGAUAUGGCGUGACGUGAUCUUGGAAUUGAUCGAACUCGGGUUAAUCUGCACACAGUACAAUCCUGUCACUAGGCCAACCAUGCUAGAUGUAGCUAAUGAAAUCGGUCAUCUGAAGCAGUAUCUUUAUAGUCCUUCAAACCUGCUCAUUGAAUAA